UCACAACGACAGCUACCAGCUUCACUUUCGCUUCACAUUAAAUCAACAUCCAUCCAUAUCGCGACGUCCUCUCUAACCAAGGACACAUCGACUGAUCUCUCUCUCAAAGUCACCCAAAGGCAAAACUCAGCCACGGCGUCGCGUCGCAUCACAUCUCUCACCCCCCAGCAGACUUGAAGCGCAGCUUCUCUACCCAUCACGAUGGCACCGGCAAUAUCACCGGCGCUGCUUGAUUUCGUGCUCGAGAAGCGACAGUAUUACAACGAUGGUUACUACGUGUACGACUCGAACUGGAACCGCUGGGGACGCUGGGUCGCGCUCGUCGCCAUUGUCGGCUUCUUCCUCGUCCUCGCAUUUGCCUGCUCAUGCGUCAACUCCCGCCGCCGCCGCCGUCAGGGCCUCGCACCACGCUACGGCACGGGAUGGCUUGCCGGCAAACCAAAUGGCGGCCAGCAGCAUUACCAAAACAACGACUACCAGGGACAGCAGAGCGGGUACAACUACGGCGGCGGAGCGGCACCGGCGCCUCCGUACAGCCCACCGCAGCAGCAGUAUGGCCAGCAGCAGUAUGGCCAGCAGCAGUAUGGCCAGCAACAGUAUGGCCAGCAACAGUAUGGCGGGAAUGCGGGUUACUAUGGCGGGCAGCAGAGCGGAAUCGAACUUCAGCAGCCGCAGAACUCGUACAACCCGCAGAUGGGCCGUGAGCAGACCUACGAGCCACCGAGUGGGCCGCCUCCAGGAAAGCAGGGCGAUGGGAUUAUUAGAUGAUCUGGCCAGGUGCGGGGUGAGGAGGGUAGGCUGAUGAAGGGAGGAUAAAGUGUUAAUAAACUCACGCAUGAUACGGCAUGGUCGGUUGGCUUUCUGGGUAUCGGGGCGUUUUCCUUUCGAGGGGUAUUGGAAAUGUAUUUGACGGGGAAGGGAAGUGAUUGCUGUGGGGGAGAGUAAUAAAGAAUCACUUCGACAGCAGCCACCAACAAGCGGCCGUUUGUCAGGCCUCGGUCGAUUCGAGUAUACUUUCAACAUUCACAAACAUUCACAAUUUAACCUUCCCAUCAUCCUCCGUACAUCAAUGCAACUAACAAAACCCAAGCGCCACGCGUUUGUCCUGUGCCCCUGACCGUGAUGGCCCACCGUAUUUUAGUACCCUUUCUCUGGUACGGAAUAACGGAAAUUCGGGGGACCCUUACAUGCUCACAGCGCACUUUCAGGGACAGAAAGUGCCCUGAGAGGGUCAAUGGUUCCUGUUCUCUUG